GGAGCCGGGGCGGAGCGAACGGGCCCCGGUGCGGCGGGCGCAGCCAUGUCCUUCUGCUCCUUCCUGGGGGGAGAGGUGUUUAAGGACCACUUCAAACCGGGCAUCUACGUCUGUGCCAAGUGUGGCCAUGAGCUGUUCUCCAGCCGAUCAAAGUAUGAGCACUCAUCCCCGUGGCCAGCCUUCACCGAGACCAUCCGUGAGGACAGCGUGGCCAAGCGCCUGGAGCGGCCGGGGGCUUUAAAGGUGUCUUGUGGCAAGUGCGGCAAUGGACUUGGCCACGAGUUCCUCAAUGAUGGGCCAAAGAGGGGCCAAUCCCGCUUCUGAAUAUUCAGCAGCUCACUGAAGUUCAUCUCGAAAGGCAAAGCAGACAAGGACCUGAAGGAGAAGUAAACACGCUGCUCUACCUGCACACUGCUCUUGGGCUCAUCCUGCAUUCACACCUUGGGGCCCUGGGGGUACCAAGAGAAACCCCAAAGAAGCUCCUGGUGUGCCCGGGCCGGUUCUUUCUCCGUGCUGCUCUGAUUUGGGGUGCUGGGAGGAGCAUGGGGGGGAAAAUGGGGGUGCUGGAGCUCUGUGCUUUGUGGGUGGGUUGUAUGAGCUGCACCUGAGGGUGUUUCACACGACUUGGGGUGAUGCAAAGGCUACAGCUCUUCAUUGUACCCACCCUUACCCCCUCUGUUCUCCCCAGCAUCCCGGCCUCUGCCUGUAGCAGCUACUACUGUGUCCUUUAGAGCAGCUCAUGUGCCUGAUGUGGCACUGAUGCAACCCAGAGCUGCUGCUGUGGCAUUUCCAGAGAGUAACUCUGGAUUAGCUGAGGUCAAAGUCUGGGUUAAUCUCUGGUGCUAUUCUAGGCUGGGAUCAUGGUAUGAACUGCCCUAUAUAAACCCUCCCAGGGUGCUAGGGCGAGGAUGGGUUUAUGAUCCCACUAGACAGCAGCCAGGUAUUUUAUCCCUCAUCUUGCACACAGUUCUAGAUCUCCCAUGUCCUCUGGGCUCGAUUCUCACUUGGCCUUACACAGAUUUAUCACUGUGCUCUAAACUCCAGUGGUACCAAUGGUUCCUCAGUGCAAGGGAGGGCAGAAUCUGGCUCACGGGCUGCACUUUGCACAACUCAGGCGUUAGGGAUCACAGCUCGGAAGGGCUAUGACACUGAUGGCUCCUUAACUCAGCAUCAUGGCCUUCCCUCCCUGUCCCCCAAACCAAAUCCUCCUCUGUAGUUACACACAAGGAGUUUUGAAGGUGGCAAAACCCUUUGCUGACCCAGGGUCUGGUGGUGCAGCUCCAGUGCAGCACAUGGAUGGUUUGGGGAGGCCUCACUGCUGGUGCUAUUACCGUGCUGCUGUGCUCAGCUUUUCUCUACAUGGGUUUUGCCUCAAUCCCGGCAUUAUGAGGGUACUGAAACAAAGUGCAAUGCACCAGCUCGUUGCCUGGAGCUCACUGCUGGUCUUGUACCUCUUUCUGUACUGAAAAUAAAGCACUGAGUCACUGUGUUGGAGAA